AUGGGCAUGGAGAACGCUGAGCAGGGCUCCGCAACGAGUGCCUCAGCCACUGGAUGCCCAGAGGCUUCCGCAACGGGGUCCGAGGCUGUGCCGACCUCGCAGACGACCUCGCAGGCGACCUCGCAAGCGACUUCGCAGGCGGCUUUGCAGCCGGCAGCCCAUGGCAAGGGGAUCUGCGAAGCUUUGUACCUUUCAGCUGAUGGACGGCUUCUCACCACAGGGGCCGAUGGCCGACUGGCAUGUCAAGAGACACAGAAGGGUCAGAAGGAUGAAGGAUUGGGGAUUCCUGCUUCAUCUACUUCCAUGUCUAGAAGUUGGGCACAGAAGAUCUCACACAGCCUCCGAGUGACCGCAGCUGCAGUUUCGAGCGAUGCGCGGAUGCUGGCAGUAGCUGAAGAGACCAGUGCCGGAUUUCAGGCAUGGGUUCAUCUUCUCGAUUCCAAGGGGCGUGUGGUACAUGACCAGAAGCCCCGAAUUGCUGGUAGGUUCACUUUAGACAUCCGGCAUCUGUCCUGGCACGCGAGUUUGCCUUACCUUUGCAUCGCGACCGACGAUGGCAAGGUGGAUCUCUGGUCUGAAGCCUCAAGUUCCACAGCGACGGGGUCCUCAGCGCCGCCUGGGUCCUCCAGGAAGCAGGUCUUCAAGGGCGGAGGUUCCUCGGGCGGUGUUCGGUGCGCUUUCCUGGACCACAAGGCCGAGCGGAUAGCCGCAGCCUUCUCUUCUGGGGAGCUCGUGGUGCUCGAUGUGAGCUCCUCUACCGAGCAGUAUCGUGCGAAGAUCUGGAACAAGUGCGUCGGCUCGGAGCGGCUUCUCAUGGCAUGGGAUCCGAGCGGCGACUAUCUGGCGCUGCCGGGGCAUAUGUCUGUCCGGCUCCUGCCGAGAAAUUUCAGCAAGGAGAUGGUGCAGCUGGAAGGCGGCCACCGCUUCUCCACGACGAUGACCUCAUGGUCUCCAUCAGGGCACGUUCUGGUCAGCGCAUGUGCAGAGGCUGUGGCGGUCUGGACUCAGCACCGCCUGUGCCGAGUCAUCCGCUUCACGGUGGAGCCGUCCAGCAUUGUGUGGGGCGGAUGUGACUUCAUCGCCGUUGGCACGCAGGCUGGACAUUUCGCCCACCUGCAGGUGCUGGAUCAAGGGCAAGAAGGAAAGGAACGGGAGAAAGGAUCUGACACCCCCACAAACGACCACGAGAUCAAAACGGCGGACGUCUCGCGAGCAGACGUUCCUCAGACGGAUGUGCAGGUGGAGCAAGCAGGCGAAGACUCACAAGUCUCCCAGGCCUCGCUCGAGGCACCCGAGACCUCCCAAAGCUCAAGGUUGCAUGAUCUGGAGAAGGCCGGAACUUCCGGAACGGGAGCCCGAAAGGUGCAGCUACGGUUUCAGCCAGGGGCCACGCUGAAGGGACGCCGGCGCUUCCUAGCUUGGAACGGUUGCGGCGCCCUGAAGCUGAUGCUGCCGAGCCCCCGGCCGCAGCGGCCGGGCAUGAGACCGGGCUCGAGGGCCUUGAAGUUCGAAAAGUCUGAAGGGUCUCAAGGCGGGGGUCACCUGGGUCACAUGGGUCACGGAGCCCAUGUGGAUGUGGACUACUACCGCAGGAAAGACAAGUCGAGCGUGCGAAGCUUCAAGAUUGAGGAGAACGUCGAGCUGGGCGCGAUCGGCCCAGAUCUGUUCGCUCUGGUUAGCAAUGCGUGUGGAAACUCGACAGUUGUGGUCCAUGUGGCCAGUCCUUGGCAGCAAGCCUGCUUCCGGCACACAUUGGACAGCAGUGAAAGAGCUGAAGCGUUGGCGCUCAGCAGUUCCUUUGUGGCUGUGGUUGUGUCACCUCAGCGUUUCCUGCGAAUUUAUACGCCAAGCUUUGUUCCCAUCGGUGUUGUGUCGCUCGCUGGUGACGUCGUAUCGAUGGUCGCGCAUGAGGACUUGCUACUCGUCGUGUAUCAGCGGAAGCCACGGAGGGAGCCCAAUCUCCGCUACAUGAUUCUGAAUGUCGUCAGGAAGGAGAAGCUCCACACAGGGUUGCUGCCGCUGUCCCCGUGGUCCACGCUGAAGUGGAUCGGCUUCAGCAUCGAAGCGCAGCCGCUGAGCCUUGACUCGCAGGGAGUUCUGCGGAUGUUGGCCCUGGGUGGGUCUGCGGCUGGGUCUGCGGCUGGGUUCGGUGGCAGCUGGAUCCCAGUGGCAGAGCUCGGAGCAGACGGGCUAUGGCCAGUGCAAGCCGAAGAGGGAGCCUUGAGCUGUGUCGAGCUGGCAAGUGGCCUGGAGCCAAAGGCUGGCUCCUCCUACCGCUUCAAGGUUCUUCCCUUCAAGCUUCCGCUGAACGACAGCGACAGCCCCUUCCAUGGGCCAGACGGGCCCGAAUCCUUCCUGCGCCAGGGUCUGCUUGCCAGCCACUGGGCCCAAGCGAUAGAACUUGGCCUCCUACCAAAGCAAAAACGAGGGCCAAGUCGGCAAUCGGCGCUGAAGCUUCUGCAGUUUUUCCUCGAUGCCAAAGAGGAGGAGCUUGCCAAGGACGUGGCGAUACACUUUCUGUCAGAAGGCAAGGCAGUUUUAGCUGCAUCGGAGUCUGGCGAUUUGGCCGCUCAGCUGACUGCAUUGACUGCACUCACCAAGCGCACCAAAGAUUCCAAAGGUUCCGCGGGCGCCUCCGGAAAGGCCACAAAAUUCCGGAAACUGGGCUAG